ACAAUGUUCCAACGUGACCCCAAGGCUGGCGUAUUCCUAGGAGGAGACCGUGUGUCCGGUCAGGACAUUCGAGACCAAAAUGUCAUCGCGGCGCAGGCCAUCGCGAAUAUUGUGAAGAGCUCUCUGGGUCCUCUCGGGCUCGAUAAGAUGUUAGUUGACAACAUUGGAGAAGUGACAAUCUCCAAUGAUGGUGCUACCAUUCUCGGUCUACUGGACGUAGAGCACCCAGCCGGCAAGAUUUUUGUCGAUCUCGCACAGAAGCAGGACAAAGAAGUCGGCGAUGGUACGACCUCUGUGGUUAUUAUUGCCGCUGAGCUUUUGCGGCGAGCGAAUGAGCUGGUCAAGCAAAAGAUCCAUCCCACUACCAUCAUCACUGGAUACCGCCUUGCCUGCAGGGAGGCAUGCCGGUUUAUGAUCGAUCAGAUGAGCACGAAAAUCGAUGCCCUUGGACGGGAAGCUCUUAUUAAUGCUGCUAAGACGUCAAUGUCGAGCAAGAUCAUAGGAAGCGAUGAUGACCUCUUCGCACCUAUGGCUGUCGAUGCUAUGCUUGCUGUCAAGACGGUCAAUCCGAGGGGGGAGACCAAGUACCCCGUUAAAGCUGUCAAUAUUCUCAAGGCCCACGGGAAGAGUGCGCGUGAAUCUAUGUUCAUCAAGGGUUAUGCCCUCAACUGCACCGUCGCCAGCCAAGCGAUGAAAACGAGGAUAACGAACGCCAAAAUUGCAUGCCUAGACAUGAACCUGCAGAAACAGCGUAUGCACCUUGGCGUGCACAUCAUUGUCGACGACCCCGACCAGCUUGAGGAGAUCCGAAAACGAGAGUUUGAGAUCACCCUAGAGAAAGUUCGGAAGAUCUUGGCGACAGGCGCAAACGUCAUUCUCACCACGAAGGGUAUCGACGAUCUUUGUCUGAAGGAGUUCGUCGAGGCUGGUGCGAUGGCGGCGAGGAGAUGCAGGAAGGAGGAUCUUAAGCGGAUAGCACGCGCGACAGGCGCGACUCUCAUUUCCGACAUGGGCGACUUGGAUGCGAACGAGACUUUCGAGGCAUCAUAUCUUGGCACGGCUGAGGAAGUGGUGCAAGAGCGGAUCUCCGAUGAUGAGCUGAUCCUCGUCAAGGGAACGAAGGUGGUGAACUCUAGCUCGAUCAUUCUGCGCGGGGCGAACGACUACAUGUUGGAUGAGAUGGAGCGUGCUCUACACGAUACAUUGUCUAUCAUCAAGCGGACACUGGAGAGUGGUCAGGUGGUACCUGGUGGUGGUGCAGUGGAGACUGCAUUGAGUAUUUAUCUCGAGAACUUUGCAACAACCCUCGGAUCAAGAGAACAGCUUGCCAUUGCAGAGUUCGCCAAUGCGCUUUUGAUCAUUCCCAAGACGCUUGCUGUAAAUGCCGCCAAAGACUCUACCGAUCUUGUGUCGAAGUUACGUGCAUACCACUACGCUGCCCAGACCGCCCCUGUUGGCGAUCCCAAAAAGGGUCUCAUGAACUACGGCCUCGAUCUUUUGAAAGGGGAGGUCCGGGACAACCUCAAGGCUGGUGUGCUGGAGCCGACUGUGAGCAAGGUGAAGAGCUUGAAGAGCGCGUUCGAGGCGGCGGUUAGCUUGUUGCGGAUUGAUGAUGCGAUUCAGUGUGCCCCGGAGCAGAAGGGUGGGGCUGACCCGCAUGAGGGAAUGUAGACGUUUAUCAUAUAGUCACGGAUAAUUCAAGCAUAUAGCCG